AUGAAUCCUGCAUCAUUGUUGGGAGAUGCAAGUGGUGCUGCACGUGAGGAGGCACCGGUGGUUCUAGAGGUUGAUGCUGAUGGGGCACGUGUACGUGACACCAUGUAUAUAUUUCUUAGCCGCCUGGUAGAUCCUUCGCUGCAUCCUUCAGCUAUGGUGGGAGCAGGCGCAAGAAAUGAAUCUUCCCUUAGUGGUCUGCAAUACAUUGUACGACAACUUGAGCGCAUUAGUACCUGCACUGAUUGGUCAACAUGUGUAGUGCGAUGGACUGACUUUAGUUUAUUUGACGAAGAAGCCAGUAGUGCUAUUGAAUUUGAUUUUCAGAGGUUUUCACCAUUUAUGGAUUUUGCAUUACAUCAGGUUUUGUCACAGUAUUAUGCAGAGGACUUUGCUAAUCGUGGCAAGUGUAACCCUAGUUUAGUAUUUUCUGGGGUACCACGUUGUCUUAGUAUUCGUGUCCUACGUGCAUCAAUGGUGGGACAGUUGUGUUCUAUAAAAGGUGUAGUGACGAGAACUUCGCAAGUUCGACCUGAACUUAUUGUUGGUGUUUUUCGUUGCAGUGACUGUGGGACGGAGAGUAAUCCUGUUGCGCAACAGUUCCAUUACACAGAACCCCCUGCCUGUCGUAAUGCUCAGUGCGAGAAUAAGAAUCGCUUCCAGCUCGUACCGACGCACCCCCACACACGCUUUGGUGAUUGGCAGAAGAUCCGCCUGCAGGAGGAUGCCAACAACAUCCCGGAGGGGUGCAUGCCCCGCACGAUGGAACUCAUUGCCCGCAACGACGCGGUGGAGGUGGCGAAGCCGGGCGAUCGCAUCAUUGCGGUUGGCUGCCCGAUUGUGGUGCCGGAGGUGGCGAAGUUGUUUGGGCAGACAAACCGCCGCGAGGUGCAGCGGGAGAUGUCGGGGGCGCAGCGGGCCCAGCGGGAGGCGCAGCAGGACAUGGAGGGCGCCACCGGCCUGCGGGUGUUGGGCGUGCGGGAACUCAACUACCGCAUGUGUUUUCUCGCCACCACCAUCACAGACGCGAACGGGGAUGAUCGAAAGAUGACGGAGGCCGUGAAGGAGGCGGCGGAUGGGGCAGCAGAGCGGGAGGUGAUUCAUCUCACUCCAGCAGAACAACAGAAGGUGCAACAUAUGCGGGGACAUGAGAAUCUGCUUAAGGCUCUCACACAGUGUAUCGCUCCUAAUAUAUUUAAACAUGAUGUGGUAAAGUUAGGACUUCUUCUACAAAUGGUGGGUGGGGUAUCGAAACAUACAGUAGAACAGAUUGGAUUACGUGGUGAUAUUAAUGUCUGUAUUGUGGGAGAUCCAUCAACGGCAAAAUCUCAAUUCUUAAAAUGGGUAGCUAGUAAUGUUGUACGUGGGGUAUAUACAAGUGGUAAAGCCUCAACAGCAAGUGGUCUCACAGCAACUGUUACACGAGAUGCGGAUACUGGUGAUCGUACUAUUGAAGCAGGAGCACUUAUGUUAAGUGAUCGUGGUGUUUGUUGUAUUGAUGAGUUUGAUAAGAUGGAUGUAAAGGAUCAAGUAGCUAUUCACGAAGCGAUGGAACAACAAACUAUUUCUAUAGCAAAAGCAGGAAUUAAAGCGACAUUAAGUGCAAGAACUUCCCUUCUUGCUGCAAUGAAUCCUAUUGGAGGAAAGUAUGAUCGUCGAAAACCUCUACAAAAGAAUGUAGCUAUGACAGCACCUAUUAUGUCACGUUUUGAUCUUAUGUUUGUUAUUGUUGAUGAAUCAAGUGAUGAUGCUGAUUUUGCUAUAGCGGAUCAACUUUUACGUCUUCAUCGUUUUGGAGAUCGUGCUGUUCGUCCACCUUUCUCUACAGAAGAUUUUCAACUAUACCUUCGCUACGCACGUUCCCUCACACCUCGUUUACAGGAAGAAGCUGUACAUCUUAUUGUUGCGGCAUAUCGAGAUAUGAGACUACAGGAUUCACUUUCAAACCGUAGUAAAGUUUACCGUGUAACUACACGUCUUCUUGAGAGUAUGAUACGUCUUUCAGAGGCAACAGCGAAAUUGUAUUUGAGUGAAGAUGUGAAAGCCGCCCAUGUGGAAAUAGCAUUAGAGCUUAUGCGACAGUCUCUUUCCACAUUAGACAUGACGGAGGUUGAACUUGUAGGGGUGACAGAUUCUUUUGAUCUUGUAACGCAUGGUAUAAAGACAGAACCAAUAGAAAGGCAUCAUCAUCAACAAGAAGAAGAAGAACAACAACACCAAGAAGAAGAAGAAGGAGGGCAAGCACAACAGCAACAAGAACAACAACAAGAUAAUGUGAUCCAGUCACGUGAAAAAGAACAACAGCCAGCAGCUACAACAAGACGAAAGGGAAAGAAAGUAGCAGGUUCAUCAGCGGCAGCUCCACAGGCAUCUCGAAAGACUGUUAUAAAUGCAGAUCAUUACUUUAGUAUUGUUAAUCGUAUAGUUGCGAGAAUUCAAUCACUUGGGGAAUCUAAUCCACCUUCUCGUACUGAUCUUAUCACAUGGUAUAUGGAACAAGUACGUUCACUUAAUAAAGCACAGUUAGAGGUAGAAUUGCGUUACGUAAACCUUGUCAUUCAAAAGAUGUUGAAGGAUGGAAAUUUACUUGAAGUAGAAAUGAAUGAGGGAGAGGGAAACAAAAUAUUUCUUGAUCCUAACUAUAACCCUGACGUUACAAAGCAGUAA